GUCAACAAGAUAUUCCUCGAGUGUUUAGAUCACUGAAAAAGAACGAGGAGCGGACAAGAGAAUUACUUUCAUGGAUUCAGAAAGCAAUCAUUUCCGGGGUGUUAAGGGAUCCAGGAAAACUUGGAUCUACGUACUUAAGUACAUUUCUGAAAAAAGACGAAUUUAUUCCUGAAAGUAGUAAACCACUACUUCCUAGCUCUUUACGCAAGUUAGGGGCAGUAUUUGCUUCUGUAGCGCAUGGGCCUAAAAAUGCAUCGAAGGCUAACACUUAUGCCAGUGAAGCCCUUCGACAUUCGUCUGAUAACCAUGCUUCUCCAUCCAAGAGAUAUACUAUAGUCAAUAUGCGAAAAAGAGGAGAACUUUAUAAUCAGGCAAGUCCAUUCUACAUCUUCGAUGAAAACUAA